CAGAGCUUGUGGUGUGUGACAAUUGAGAAUUGCCCCGUGGCAGUUUUCGUGGGUAGAUUCCACGCUCGCCGUUCUUCAUCCAUUUUCCAUCACAAACACAGCUUCUCCCUCUAAAUAGGUCAGCUUUUUGGCAGGCAUCAGGAGUGAUCUGAUUAAAUCUCGUUGGCCAUGCGGUGGUGGCUCUGUCUUGUCCUGGCCUUGACCGCAGCGGCACUCGCGAGGGCGGUCGAGGGACGAAAUCCGUUCGGAGCUAAUGGACUACAACGCACCACUACCACUAGGACAGGUUUCUUUUUGGGCUCAAGAAGCCCAUAUGCCCAUCUGCCAGAAUUCAAAGCUUCCCGAACAGAACUCUUGGAAAAGAUAACAACGCUCAACAACGAAAACAGCGGGCUCAAGACGCAGGUGACGGAGUAUGCGAACACACGGUCGAAAAGCAACACGUACAUGCAAAGUAUUGAAAAGUUGCUUAUGCAGCAGUUCCACGCCCGAAGAAAGAACUGGGUGCUCCGCUGCAUUGCCGCCUUGUUUCGGUUGGUCUUUGACUUCGGCAAGCAGGUCAACCAUCAGGAUUUACUCUUGGAGGAGAUACGAAAUUCGUCCUUCACAAUCCAGUUACUGGAAGAAGAAGUGACCAAGCUGCAGUUCGCAAGAACUGAUCUGGAAGAUCAGUUGGUACUGCGCAACUUCACCCUUCAAAACCUCCAGGUGCAGCUGCGAUCUGCUACCCAGGAACAGGAGAAGCUUAAGCGAUCGCUUCGAAACCGAAAGGAACGAGAGAAACACAACCGGGCCAUCGCGAAGCUUCAAGAACAGGUGGAUAAAGCCAAGAAAGAGAUCAGCCGUUUGAUUUCCCAGAAGGAUGCCCUUGCGGAGACAAAGGACAAGGAACGUCUCAGCUUUCAAUUGCGCAUAGAGCAAAAGCAAACCAAAAUAGACCGCUUGGAGGAAGAGCUUGACCAGAAACGACAACGUGUAAGCGAGCUGAAAGCAGAAGUGGCCGGAAUCCUCAAUCAACGAGACAAUCUGGUCGCCCGUGAUCACGACUAUGCAGAGAUGCAAAGAGAAAACAGUCAAAUGAAAGCUGAACGUAUUGGAUUGCAAACAAGGAUCAACAUCCUUGAGGCUACAGUUCAAAGCGCACAGGCAGAGGAGGAGCAAAGUCUCGAGGUUCAACGCCGAACUCUUCAGUCAAAGAUAGACUCACUGGGGAAGGAGAGAAAACGCCUCGAUGAGGCAAACGCCGAGCUCUCGAGAAAGUUGGAUCGUUUGGACCACGAGAACCUCAUGGCGAAGGCCAAAGAGGCAAGUCAGCAGCAGGCAGUUGAAGCUCAGGUCAGGCGGGAGCUGAAGGCAAGCAUGAGCAAUGACCGAAAGGAGCUUACAGCAAGAAUCCAUAGUCUAGAAUCAGAACAAUCACGCAGUAAGGAGGAAAAUGAAGAACUGAAGAGUGAACUGUCCAGCCUGCAACAAAAGUACGAUGAGGCAGUAGAGAAACAACAAAAUCAGGCCGAUGAGCACGAGAUGGACGAGUUUUUGGCGGACCGAGAUUCGUGGAAGGAACGAGCAGACAAACUAGAGGCAAAGGUCGCUCUGGCCCACAACUCAGCGGAAGCAGCGUCCCAAGAAAACAUCUCUUUGAAACAGCAACUAAAGGAAGCCCAGGAGACGAACCGAGCCCUCCAAUCAAGGGCGACAGAGGCCGAGCGAGUCCUGUCCGAGAAGCAAGAAAAUAGUGGUACCACAGACGAUUACACUAACAAUUCACUGGAGCUAGAGAUCUUACAACGCCAAUGGAAGCAAACUCAACAGCAAAGUCGUGCAAAACUUGCGGAAAUAGCAAAAAAUGGACACGAAGAUUGCUGUCAAGAAGUGCUCAUUAGCAACGACAAUACACAAGAACAUAUGGAAAAGCUUGCCCACACGUGGCGGGAGAACCAUGACCAAGCUCGCAAGAGGCUUGAAGAACUGUCAAAGACCACUGACGGCCGAAAGAGUACUCCAUUUGUCCCCCGCGGUACUGUCAGACCCGCGUUUGGAUUGACACCACGCAAUAAAGGAGAUUGAUGACAGGCUCGUUGCCAGCAUUUGCGAUACGGAUGCAUGAUGAUUGAAUGUUUCGGUUUGAAGUUACACAUGAUAAGGACAGCAACGUUCUUCACGUGUGAGCUAAUAUUCUGCUUUCACAAUUAGAGAUUCAGAGUCGUCCUCCCACUUCCCAUCCCUCUUACCGCCAUUGUCGUUUUUGCAUGGAAAGUUUGCUGCCAAUGUAGGCGUCCAUCGUCCAACAACCAAAUGACCAUUCUUGACCCACCGUUCCCCACGUUGCUCCGUUUCAAACUGAUGGAUCAUGGUAUCCCUCCAGUGCUUUGUGACUGGUGAGAACGCACGAACCUUGGACAAAUCAUAGGUUUCCCAUGGAUCUCGCGUCAAACAGAACAACUGUUCUUGACCAAUCCAAACAUGGUAAAUGUAUUUCCACAAUCCACACGACUCCUCUCCGCCAUCAUCGGUGAACUCAAAUCGUCCCACAAUGGCAUUCCAUUGAAUGUCAGCUCUGUACUGUGUUGCCAAUUCCAGGUCCAACCAGGACCGGACUUGAUGAUUCACGUCUCCACCACUCUUCACAAUUGGUAUCAAGGACUUGCCAUUCACCAAAGGAUCUUUUUGUUUCACCUUGCCCAACAAACCAAGAUAGUCGUAGAUUGUCACCGCAAUAUCGCGGGUUUCCACCAACGCUGGACUCCUAUUGGGUGUGUCCAUGAUUGUGUUGGACGAACCAUCAGCCGCUGGAACUUUGACAACAAGAUUGACGUGCGAGCUUCCUUCAUAAGGAUACCCCUUGCGCCACAUGUUGCUAAAAAAAGACGAUAAGCGACAUGUUGAGAAACAUCUUUGCUGCAAAAACAAACUGUCAUCUUCGAUUAAAAAAUGUAGAAGUCCACUCACUGAUCCCCAUUCAUAUCACCAUGAUCCGUGGUCCAGAUAAUCAAAGAGGAAUCCCACAAGCCAUGUUCUUUGAGCCAUUGAAAAAUGGUCCCCAUGCCUUCAUCGACAAACUCGCAGCUGGCCAGAUACCCAGCACGAGAAUGCCGAGCCACUUCAUCUCCAGGGUCACCAAACCAAUCCGAAGCACCCAUGGGUGUAGAAUUGGCGUAUCUAAUAUCCCAGCUGGUAUUAUUGAUGAAUCGUUUGGGGACAUGUCCUUGCAAUCGUUUGUCGAGUAACCUCGCCGGGGGAUCAUAGGGUGAAUGAGGGCGGUGGUAACUGACUUUGAGAAACAUUUUUUGGUUGGAAUUAUUGGAAAAAUCAAAGGAAUUCAAGUAUUUCAGAGCUUGUCGUGUCGUCCAAGGCGUAGGAUGUUCACUUUCAUUAACUCCACCAUAAGGACAUGCUCGCCACUCAUUGUAGGUCAAUCCAUGUUCACAGGUGACACUGAGCGGAUCCACUCCAGGAUGUAAGUUGUCCCAAUAUUCCAUAUAUUCGUCAGGAUGAGGUUGACGGGUCAAGGCAUCGUAUACUUGCCGAUGUUGAUAUCCCUGUCCAGCGUAUUCCCCGGAUGGAUGCCAUCCAAAAUGGUUCUUGCCCACCGAAAAGGUUUCGUAACCUCCCAUAUCCUGCAGCACCUGCGGCAAGGUGGUGGGGUAACUACUGCAAUUGACCGUGUAAGCGUACCCCAACAUGCCAUGUGCCCAAGGAGACUUUCCCGUCAGCAAUCCUGCUCUAGCCGGUGUGCAAAUGGGAGUGCUCACGUAGGCAUUGGAGAAGGUAGUGGCGUGAGGAUCCAACGAGAAGGUAUGAUACAAAUUGGGUGUGAUUUCCGGAGUAAAGGCAUCUUGGCGAAAUUGAUCCGUCAUCAACAAGAGAAUCAACUGUGGAGCAGCUGUUGCAUUCACCAUGAUGGACUAGCUAGCUACCUGGUAGUCGAGUGGAUAGGAGGAAGGGAGCAAAGAAGUAAAGAUAGCUGAAUGCAGGAGAAUACUUGGUCGUCUUCUAUCUGAUGU